GGCUGGGCUGGGCUGGGGUGUGACACCGUCCACCGCCUGCGGGUGGGUUUCCUUCCCACCCGCUUCCUCCGCGUCCCUCCAUCUUUCCAUCCCCAGCUGCAAGGGCCACUGGAGGAAGCUAGCAACUCCUUGUCCGUGGCCCACGACGGACCCUGCCCCAGCCCAAAAGGACCCGUCCUGGAAGGACCAACGAGGACCAGGAAGAGGAAGCAGCCUUUAGAGAUGUGGUCAGUUUCGCUCCAGAUCCUUUACCAGAUAUUAUGACAAGGAUACCACCAGACCCAUCAGCUUUUACCUAUCGUCACUGGAGGAGCUGCUGGCAUGGACCCCCCUCAUGGAGGAUGGCUUCAAUGUAGCCAUGGAGCCCCUAGAACGCCGCCAGCCCCCCCUGAGCAGCCCCAGGCCCCGGACCCUGCUGUGCCACGACAUGAUGGGCGGGUACCUGGAGGACAGGUUCAUUCAGGGCUCGGACGUGCAGAACCCCUACUCCUUCUACCACUGGCAGUACAUCGACAUCUUUGUGUACUUCAGCCAUCACACAGUCACCAUCCCGCCCGUGUGCUGGACCAACGCUGCACAUAGGCAUGGGGUCUGCGUGCUGGGGACCUUUAUCACAGAGUGGCAGGAGGGAGGCAAACUCUGUGAAGCCUUCCUGGCCGGGGAGGAGAGCUCCUACCAGGCAGUGGCCGAUCGGCUGGUCCAGAUGGCUCAGUUUUUUCGUUUUGAUGGCUGGCUCAUCAACAUCGAGAACUCCUUGAGUCCAGCUGCUGUGAGGAACACACCUUUAUUUCUCCAGUACCUGACCACACAGCUCCAUCAGCAGGUCCCCGGAGGUCUGGUGCUGUGGUAUGACAGCGUGGUGCAGAGUGGGCAGCUCAAGUGGCAGGAUGAACUCAAUGAUCAGAACAGGGUCUUCUUCGACUCCUGUGAUGGCUUCUUUACCAACUAUAAUUGGCGGGAGGCCCACCUGCAGCGGAUGGUGGCGCAGGCUGGGGCACGCCUGGCGGACGUGUAUGUGGGCGUGGAUGUGUUUGCCCGGAGCAAUGUGGUCGGAGGCCGUUUUGAUACUGACAAGUCACUGGAGCUGAUCCGGAAGCAUGGCUUCUCAGUGGCACUGUUUGCUCCUGGCUGGGUGUAUGAGUGUCUGGACAAGAGUGACUUCUUUCAGAACCAGGACAAGUUCUGGGGACUCCUGGAGCGCUUCCUGCCCACACACAGUAUCUGCUCUUUGCCCUUUGUCACCUCAUUCUGCCUGGGCCUGGGCACUCGAAGAGUCUGCUAUGGCAAGGAGCAGACAGUGGGGCCCUGGUACCACCCUAGUGCCCAGGAGACCCAGCCCCUCUUUGGUGAACAUAAGCUGGCUGGAGACAGUCGGGGCUGGGUGAAGGCACACUGCUGCCUGGCCGAUGCUUGGCAUGGGGGCAGCUCCCUGCUGCUCCGGGGCCUGAUCCCACCCGAGGUUGACAGUGUGGCUCUGAGGUUGUUCUCCCUGCAGGUCCCAGUGCCACCCAAGGUUUUCCUGUCCAUGGUGUACAAGUUUGAAGGCUCAACGGAGGUCCAGGUGGCUUUGGAGGUCACAACAGGGGAUGCCAGCAGCUGCCAUGUGGGUGGCAUGUUGCUGCUGAAUGCUGAAACUGGCUCAAGGCACAGCCCCAGACCCCUCCGAGUACCCCCUACCAAGCUGGCCAGAUGGGUCAGGAGUUGUGGCCAGCAGCUCAGUGGUGGCUGGAUCCAACGCUGCUAUGAGGUAAACCUGCGAGGGUGCCUGCUUCAGGACCUCUUGGUGAGCUUUUCGCGGCCACCAGGCAGCCGUGAGGAGGAGAGCUUCACUUGUCGUCUCGGAGAGAUCCAGGUGGUUGAUGCCAACAGCCUUCUGGCCCCUCUGCCCCGGGUGCAGAAUGUCACCAUUUCGCAGCUACGCUGGCUUCCCCUGAUUUCUGGGUCUGAGGGCCUCCCUACCCGACUCCUCCUCAGCUGCACUCUACAUUGGUCCUACCUCCUGCCCCAAGCCCGAUGCUUCCGGAUUCACCACUGUGAGCAGACAGGAAGCAGUUCUGCGAUAGAGGAGGCCCCCGGGACCGAGAAGCCCGUGUUCCUGGGCCUGGCCUUUGCCAACCAGUACCGUGUGGUGGACUUGGCAGUGGAGGCUGCCAAGUUUGGGCAGGAUGGUCGUGUGGAAUUCCUGGUGGAGCCUGUCCCCAGGGAGGGCUUCCUGGUGCCUCAGGCUGAGUGGGGCAGGGCGGUCCUGCUCUACUCGGCCUCUCAGUGAGCCCACCCCAGAGCACAGUACCUCCUCGCCUCAAGACUCAAGGUUCCUUCCUGGCCAGCCUCUCGCGGCUGAGUGGACUCCUGAGGAUACCCAGGUCCCCAGAUUCUGGCUGUACUCUCCGAAAGCUCUGUGAAUCGCCUAGCACCCACACCCUUCUGUAACGCUUUCCACGGGAUGCCGUUCUCAAGGGAGAAGGAGAAGGUUUGAGGUUUUUCCAGAAAAAAAUACCAUAAAGGCUAUUUUUCAUAGGUUAAAAAGAUACUUCUGUGAGAAUGGCAGCCAUGUAUCCUCACAGCUUUGAGUGGUGGCAGUGAAGCUCCCUCAGCGUGGGAGCAGGAGUGCUCACAGGCUCGCUGGGGUGGUAACCCAGGACCAGGUCCAUUGGGUGGUCACGGGUACCCCCCAACUCCCCAUACAAGUUUGGCUUUGGCGGCUGACUGUCCCCACAAACACUAAGCCCUCGCCUUUGCAGUACCUCCCAUUGGCUGUCUGCUCUGCGAAGGUGCGGAAGGAUCAGGGCGCCAGCCAGGCCUUUUCCCCUCCCAGUGUGGCGGCAUCCUUAGCUGUACUGAAGCCCUGUCGAUGCAGGGCUGUGUGAAAACUUGCUGCUGGGGCUCUGGGUCUCGGGUACUGCCACCAGCAUUUUCCCUGCUUCAGGCCACAGCAGGGCCCUCACACCCUUUCCACAUUCACGCAUUCACCUGUCACCCUGUGGACCUCAUGUAGUAUGGAGAGAGGCCGCCAGAGGGCAGAGCAGCCUGCUGCCAUCUUCUGAGGCAUAGGGCUGAGGUGGGUGGGUUUUCCUCAGAGUCCCGAGGGUGAGGACCCAAAACCUGAGAUUGGGAACAUUUUGCCCUGUUUCUACCAGCUCUCACAUAGACCACGUGUGGGGCAGGGCCUCUGGGAAAGUCCGGCCUACUGUACCCUGGCUCUGCCUGCCUUGCAGGCUGGGAAGGAAGCACCUGAGCUUUCUCUGGUUUGUCAGGCAGAAUCUGCCCUGGAGGCUUGGCUCUCCCACUCCCAGCCAGGGGACCAUAAGCCUGGAGUGGAGAGCAGUGCGGAGCAGGCGGAGCUGGUCCUGAUUGCCCUGCUUCCCCCUGUGGGGGGAAGCUUUUUAAAGUGCUGGUUCCUUCAAAUAUUUUAUGCAGAGAAGGAGGGAAAAUUUAUAGUGGCAAUUAUUUUCUCACAGUCUGGUGAACAAGCAAUUAGAAGUAAGGGGGCUUAGCAGAGCAUGGCAUGAGGCAGAGCACCACAACCUCACUUCCCAGGAGCAUGGUCCCCAGUCCUGGCAACAUGGCUCCUGUGCAGGAAAAUUAAUCUGCCGGCAUUUCAGCCGAGGCCCCUCUGGUGGAUAUAAUCACUCAGAAAUAAAUUAUCCAGUGUGAAAAACGAGAA